CGUGACGGCGCAUAGCUGCUUGAAAUCUGCGUUCUUCGAUCCCACCCCUACAUCCGCGUACGUCACUUCCUUAUCUCGGAGAACAUGGCGUUACUUCUAAGGAUGGUGGCCCGGCAGGGUCUGUGUUCAUCGCGGACACAACUCUGUAGGCAUGCUGUUCCCAUGGGAACCUCAGCAAAAGAGGAGAUGGACAAAUUCUGGGCCAAAAACUCUCGACUCAACAGACCUCUUUCUCCUCAUAUAACCAUUUAUAGGUGGUCAGUCCCCAUGAUGAUGUCAAUCACUCACAGAGGAACAGGCGUAGGGCUCAGUGCAGGUAUUUCUGCUUUUGCGGUUGCUGCACUAGUGUUGCCGGGCAGUUUUCCUUACUACCUGGACCUGGUCCACUCCUCCUCCAUGGGUCCAGCUCUCAUCACCACAGCCAAAUUCGCCCUGUCCUUCCCAGUGGCCUACCACACUUACAAUGGCAUUCGCCACCUGAUGUGGGAUGUCGGGAAGGGCUUUAAGAUCCCUGAGGUCUACCGUUCUGGCUACAUUGUCAUCGCUCUGUCCAUUUUCACCUCAGUCGCCUUGACUGUACUCUGAACCUGAUGUAGUAAAGAACAAGAAAAUUUGUAAAAUUUGCAAAUUUGUAGAGGAGCAGAAACAGGAGUAUGAGAUGUCUUUGUUUUUGUUUAUGUCUGUCUUUAGUGCCCCUUGUGGCCCUGACUUAUUAAUAAAGUAAAUUAAGAGAUAAA